GCGUACAGAUUAAAGGUGCUUUAACUUUAUGUUGGUAUUCUUUUACUAAAUCAUAACCAUCAUUUACCGGUUUUAUCAUGAUACAAUAAUAUCAACAUCUUUCUUUCUUCUACUCUCCAACUAAGCCUCCCAGCAUGCCAUCUCCUUUCCCCCCCUCAUCGUCUGCUCCAGGAGAGGGGCAUUUGGUUGUUCAGUUGCUACCUCAUUCAAUCUCCGCUUUGUCGAGAAUGACUUUUCAGUACCCACUAAAAUUGAUAUCUCCAUCCCCUUCUGCUGCACAAAAGAGUGUCCUUGUUUUUCUCUUGACAUAUGGUGGAGGUCUUGUCGGUGGGGAUCAAGUUCAACUUAAGAUAGAUGUCACCCGAAAUGCAAAAUUGAGUAUUGUCACUCAAGGUCAUACCAAGAUCUUCAAAUCACCAACACGUGAUGUCAUCACACGUCAACACUUACAGGUCACUAUUGAGGACGGUGCUUCAGUCUGUUUGUUACCCGAUCCGGUUCAACCUUUCGCUGAAAGUGUAUAUGAACAAUCACAAACUUUCACCCUUAAGGAAGGCGGAACUCUCUGCGUAUUAGAUUGGGUCUCGGCGGGAAGAACCGCAAGAGGGGAGAACUGGGAUUUACGAGCGUGGAGCGGGCGUAACGAGAUUUGGGCCAUGGGAAAGGAUAUGGAGAGAAGACUUUUGCUGAGGGAUAAUGUCUUGCUAGAAGGAGACGAAGCAACAGCUCCAGAAAAACUACUACGCCACAAAAUGCGCGGAAACGGCAUAUUCGGUACUUUGAUCCUGAAAGGGCCGCUGGUCGAAAAGUUGUCUGCCUUCUUUUUGUCAGAAUUUGCAGCACUUCCCAGGAUUGGUGCCAGAGACUUCCGAUCUGAUGAUAGGAAAGAAAAAGAUAACGAAAUCAUUCUAUCGAAACAGGAAUCCUGGAGACUCCGACGACUUGAACAAGAAAAGGAGGAAGGAAUUCUUUGGUCUGCUGCAAAAGUGAGAGGAUGCACAGUGGUAAAGUUCGGGGCUCCAACAGUUGAGAGUGGUCGUGUGUGGAUUGGCGGCAUGAUUAAAGAAGAAUGUAGUAUAUCUGAGAUUUUCGGGGAAGAUUCAUUAAUGUGUGUACGUGAAUGAAUAGCAGGACUUGAGCUGGAUAAAGAUUUAAUACAUCCAGGAGUUCGGAUGGAUACAUCACGGCCAUACGUGUCGCAGACCUUAUACGAAUGGAGACAAGGAAAGUAUACCACUGAUGCAUGCCAGAAUGAGAUGAUGUGAGGAAGUUUUUGCCGCACAAAUCUGCCUAUUGCCUCGAUAUCGCCACGUUCGACAUUGGUGGAUGAACAACUUCUUACUCGUGCGGGCUCUGAGACGUUUGGAACUUAAGGGGGUACAUGGGAGGUACGCAUCAAAGUGUUUGAAGGGAAGUUCAAUUCUGGCAACGAUGGUGACCUGACGAGCAAAACCGAGGGAAAAUCACAGUACAAUAUCGGUAAGAUAUUGGAGGUUAUUAAUGCAUAUGUAUCCAGCAGGUCACUUGUGUUUCUCUUACCAGCCAUUGCGUUUUCUUCAGUCGCUCCGCAUCACGUUUGGAAGGCUGGAAAUAAACCAAGAAUCGGGGGGUCUUAGCAUAGAGCGUCCUCUCUCACCAUAAACGAAGGGACAAAGCGAGAAAACACGAUAUGGUCACUACACGGCUAGAUGAUUUAGCGAAGGCAAUGCUAAAC